AGGCUACGCUGCCGCCCCAGCACAAUUCUUGUCAGUUAGUAAUGCUAGUCAGCUAUUAAUGCAAGUUAUUUAGUAAUACUAGUUAGUUAGUAAUGCUACUCACUUAGUAAUGCUACUCACUUAGUAAUGCUAGUUAUUAAUGUGAGUCAGUUAGUAAUUCUAGUUAGUUAGUAAUGCUAGUUAGUUAGUAAUGCUAGUCACUUAGUAAUGCUAGUUAGUAAUGCUAGUCAGUUAGUAAUUCUAGUCAGUUAGUAAUGCUACUUAGUUAGUAAUGCUAGUUAGUUAGUAAUGCUACUUAGUAAUGCUAGUUAGUUAGUAAUGCUACUCACUUAGUAAUGCUACUCACUUAGUAAUGCUAGUUAUUAAUGUGAGUCAGUUAGUAAUACUAGUCAGUUAGUAAUUCUAGUUAGUUAGUAAUGCUAGUUAGUUAGUAAUGCUAGUUAGUUAGUAAUGCUAGUCACUUAGUAAUGCUAGUUAGUAAUGCUAGUCAGUUAGUAAUUCUAGUCAGUUAGUAAUUCUACUUAGUUAGUAAUGCUAGUUAGUUAGUAAUGCUACUUAGUAAUGCUAGUUAGUUAGUAAUGCUACUUAGUUAGUAAUGCUAGUCUGUUAGUAAUACUGGUCAGUUAGUAAUGCUAGUCGGUUAGUAAUGCUAGUUAGUUAGUAAUGCUAGUCAGUUAGUAAUGCUUCUUAGUUAGUAAUGCUAGUCAGCUAGUAAUGCUAGUUAGUGAUGCUAGUUAGUUAGUAAUGCUACUUAGUAAUGCUAGUUAUUUAGUCAUGCUAGUUAGUUAGUAAUGCUACUUAGUAAUGCUAGUUAGUUAGUAAUGCUAGUUAGUUAGUAAUCCUACUUAGUAAUGCUAGUUAGUUAGUAAUUCUACUUCAUUAGUUAUGCUAGUCAGUUAGUAAUGCUACUUAGUUAGUAAUUCUACUUAGUCAGUAAUGCUAGUUCGUUAGUAAUGCUCGUCAGUUAGUAAUGCUAGUCAGUUAGAAAAUGCUAGUCAGUUAGUAAUGCUAGUCAGUUAGUAAUGCUAGUUAGUUAGUAAUGCUAGUUAGUAUUGUCUCACGAAAGUACCUCUAACUUCCUUCAUACUGCACGCAGAGGCAUGAAAAUGUUAUCAACGAGUUCCUCUUGACUAUCUAGAAGUAAAAUAAGAAUCUGUCAGUCAGGUUAACAAGUUCAUCUGACUAUAGGGAAGUAGGGUGAGAAUCUGUCAGUCAGGUUAACAAGUUCAUCUGACUAUAGGGAAGUAGAGUACAAAUCUGUCAGUAAGGAUAACAAGUUCAUCUGACUAUAGGGAAGUAGGGUGAGAAUCUGUCAGUCAGGUUAACAAGUUCAUCUGACUAUACUGAAGGUGAAAAAUAUAGAGAUGGUAGAGAAGAUAAGUAAGCAGGAGGUUAGUGUGUGUGUGUGUGUGUGUGUGUGUGUGUGUGUGUGUGUGUGUGUGUGUGUGUAUGUGUGUGUGUGUGUGUGUGUGUGUGUGUGUGUGUGCAUUCUCUGUGCAUGCUGUAAAACGGCAUGUAGGUGUGAUCUCUUUGAUUUUACAGUAUGUAUCUAUUUAACUAGGAGGAGGAGGAGGAGCGUUUGACAAACAGGACGACCUGUAAGCCUACCUGGCGACCUCUUCACUGAGAUGCGAAGACGGUUCUCGAAGUCGGGGGUAAAGACCCCAAAAACCUCUGAACCCCAGGGAGUGGCUAUCCCGAUGUCUGCUGAACGACCCCAAACUUCCUCUGUAGCCUCCUCGCUUCCCACCCCAAGCCUUGCUGCAGCGCUAGCCCGGCGAAGGUUCACCCUGAGUGGGGCAGCUGACAGCCAGAACCAAGGACUGACGGUCUACAGCAGAAUGCCAUUCUCUCGUAGCUUCCUGUCUGAAGACCAGUUCCAGUGUUCCAUCUGUCUGGAUAUCUUCAUAAAUCCCGCCUCCACUCCAUGUGGACACUCCUUCUGCAUGGCCUGCAUUGGUCGGCACUGGGACGGUGCUAAACUCUGCCAGUGUCCUCUCUGCAAAGAGACCUUUAAGAAGCGUCCGGACCUCCAGAUUAACCGGACCCUCAGGGAGAUCACAGAGCAGUUCAAGUCCAUGUCCGGGGCGUCUCGGUUGGGCAGCGGGACGUGGAGAGGUGUCCUGGGGGCUGGAGGAGGAGGAGGAGGAGGAGGAGGAGGAAGGGGAGGGGGAGAGGACAGAGACCAUCAGGAUCCCAGCACCAUAGAGAGGGAGUGGAUGGACACUAAGACCCAGCUACAUAUGUCCGAGGCAGAGAUCCAUCAGCUGAUUCUACAGAGACAGAGGAAGAUGGAGGAGAUAAUGUCAUCACUGGCUCAACUACAGCUUUCAGUGGAACGUGAGGCGGCAGGCGUUAUGUGUGUGUUCAGUGCGUUGGUGUGCGCGGUUGAGAGGUCGCAGGCUGAGCUCAUGGAGGUGAUUGAGAUUAGUAGGAGGUUGGCAGAGCACCAGGCGGACGAUGUGAUUCGUCAGCUAGAACAGGAAGUGAAUGAGCUCAGGAAGAGAAGCCACGCCCUCUCCCAGCUGGCCCAAUCAGACGACUACGUUCAUUGUAAAAAGAGCUACCCUGCACUCUGCACCCCUCCACCAAUCAGAGACUGGUCUGGGGUGUCGGUGAACUCUGACCUGGGAACGGGGCCCAUCUAUACAUCGCUGUCUGUCCUGGUCCAACGUUUCCAGGAAGAGAUCAGCAGGAUGGUUCAAUUUGGCGUACAAGUUCCAGUAGAAUCCUCUCCAAUACCACAGCCCAAGGUGAAGCAGGUACAGGAGUAUGCAGUGGACGUGGCUAUGGACUCAAGCACCGCCCACCCCAGGCUCAUCCUAUCAGGAGACGGGAAAAUGGUAAAAUGUGGGGACCGUCACCAGCCGGUACCUCAUAACUCUGAGAGGUUUGACCGUGUCGUGUGUGUUCUGGGUCGAGAAGGGUUCUCCUCAGGUCAACACUAUUGGGAGGUGGAGGUGGGCGGGAAGACUGACUGGGAUCUGGGCGUGGCCAGCCGCUCCAUCAACAGGAAGGGGAAGAUAACGGUAUCUCCUAGCAACGGCUACUGGUUCCUCAGCCUCAGAGAUAAACACAACUAUGUGUUCCGGACAGAUCCCUCCACUGAGCUGCUUCUCGACCUCAGACCCCAGAAGAUCGGGCUGUAUGUGGAUUAUGAGAAAGGGCAGGUAUCGUUCUACAACGUGGACGCUAAGCUCCACAUCUACACCUUCCUGGCCUCCUUCUGUGAGUCCGUGUUCCCGUUCUUCAGUCCCUGCACCAACAAGUCAGGCAAGAACGACGGAGCCCUCGUCAUCACUCCAGUACUGCUCAUGGACACCCAUCCACUACAACCCAAUGAUUGUGAUGAAGUGAACAUCUGAGGCCCCCUGAAUCUAACCCACUAAUAUAGAAAGAUAGAUAGAUAAUGUGCUCUGGGCUACAGAUUGGGGGAACAAAUUGUUUUUGACUAUCUUUUUGUUGUUGUUGUUGUUGUUGUUGUUGUUGUUGUUGUUGUUGUUGUUGUUGUUGGCUGAUUUAGAUAUGUUUCUGUUUAUAAUUUCCCGACAUUAGAUACAUGCAGCUUAUCUUCUGUUGUUAUGUUUCCCCUUAGAAGACUAAAUCAAUCGUUUGCUCACCAGAAUAAUGUCAUAAAUCGAUAGAAUGAAUGAUUAAGAUUUCAGUUUGUCUUGGGAUCCAUAUUUUAUGUGGUUGAAAUACUAUCCCCUUUUUAUGGCGCUAAUUAAGCAUCUCUAUAGAAUGUAUCUAACUAAACUCUCAAGAUGCGGAAAUAAAUACAUCUUAUUUCUCCACUCAUGUUCCCGAGUCAACAUUUAUCAUUUUACUGCAAGAAAUGCUUAAUUCUGCAAGAGUUUUUAUUACGGCUAUGUGAGAGGUUAUAGACCUACAGUCAAUGUCCAGAUUUCAGUUUGCAUUUAACUCAUCUGAACAGUAGGCUACAUUUCCCUUGAAGUGCAACAGGCCUAUUUGAAGUCCCCUUUCUUGUGACUGUUGAAUUUGUAUAGUUCCUCACAAUCAUCACACAAAACACUGCUAUCAUCCUGUUUUACCAGUUCAAUAAAUCUUUCCCAAACAUUA